AUGUACAGAAUCGAUGCUCGAGAGAAGCCAGUGACGAAGGCGCACCACUCGUCGGACUCCGGCGUUUUUGGUCCACGCGCUUUUUUCCGAACGUCUUUUCCGAGCCCGGCAGUUCUGGUGAUCGAUGAUAUAAAGCGGCACGAUGCGGCGACGUACAGAUGUAGAGUGGAUUUUCGGAAGGGUCAGACGCGCAGCUUCCGGUAUAAUUUGACCGUGAUUGUUCCACCAGAGCAACCAACCAUUUUGGAUCGAUGGGGCCGCAUCUUGAACGGCACAGCUGGUCCUUAUGAGGAAGGCGAUACACCCUAUCUCACGUGUCGCGUCACGGGCGGUAAGCCACAACCAAUGGUUAGAUGGCUCAUAAACGGUCGGGUGAAAGAUGAGGAAUACGAAAAUAAUGCUGGAGAUGUAAUCGAAAAUAGAUUAACGCUGCAGCCCAUCAGUCGCUCUGACCUUGGCUCAAAUUUUACCUGCGAAGCGCGCAACACGGACUUGGUGGAUUCAAAAGAGACAUCGAUUUCUCUAGAUCUCAACUUGAAACCUCUGUCGGUGAUCAUAAGAAGACCGGGAAGGAAAGGGAUUGGCAAUGAGUCUCUUCUAGCAGGGAAGCGGUACGACAUGGAGUGCGAGACCACUGGUUCAAGGCCACCCGCGGUGAUAACCUGGUACAAGGGUCGGAGAAGACAGCUGAAGCACACGACGGAGGAAAGAUCCGAGAAUCGAACCGUCAGCACGGUGGAGUUCGAGCCGGGUGUGGAGGAUCAUGGGAAAUCUAUCACCUGCCGAGCAGAGAAUCCAAACGUGACCGGACUCUUCGUCGAGAAGUCCUGGAAGAUCGACGUCGUAUAUCCGCCGAUAGUAUCGUUAAACCUCGGAUCGACCUUAAGCCCAGAGGACAUUAAAGAAGGGGAUGACGUGUACUUUGAGUGCCAUAUUAGAGCCAACCCACCUUGGUCCAAGCUCGUCUGGAUACACGACAAUCAAAUCCUGGCUCAUAACACGUCGGCGAGAAUUAUCUGGUCGAAUCAGAGUCUCGUCUUGCAAAGUGUGACAAGAAGCAGUGCUGGCCGCUAUGUCUGCGCAGCAACGAAUGCUCUAAACGAGACUCGAAGUGAACCACUGCACUUUCGAGUUAAAUUCGCGCCGGUGUGUAAGGAGGACCGAAUUAUAGUGGUCGGCGCGUCGCGGGGCGAGUCGCUCGACAUCGCCUGUAGGGUCGAGGCCGAUCCGCCGGCACACAAUUUCCGGUGGAAAUUCAACAACAGCGGCGAGACUCUGGAGGUAGCACCUGGUAGGUUCUCCAUGGAGAAGUCGAGCGGCAUCAGCGUGCUGAAAUACACACCGACCACCGAGCUGGAUUAUGGUACCCUUUCAUGCUGGGCGGACAAUCUCGUCGGUACCCAGUCGAGACCGUGUCUUUUUCAGCUGGUGGCAGCCGGGAAACCGUUUCCAGUGCGCAACUGUACCCUGGCGAACCAGACAUAUACCAGCGUGGAGGUGAAAUGCGUGCCUGGAUACGACGGUGGGCUGCCGCAAAAAUUCGUUCUGGAAGUUUAUCACGGGGAUGUCGAUUAUCUAGCUAACAGCCAGCCCCUUUACAAUGUUUCCAACCCGGACGAGCCAUCCUUCGCCCUCGCCGGACUGGAGGCCUCGGUGGAAGCUGGGGUUCACGUGGCGGUUUACGCGGUAAACGCCAAAGGUCGAAGUCAACCCGUCAUCCUCAGUGAAGUCACGUAUCGAGAUGCCGAGAAGCGUACCGGUCAGGACGCUGGUAUCGUGUUGUCACCGCUGAUAGGCGUGGUGGUCGGCGCCUUGGUGACUCUAGUGCUCAUCAUCCUGGUAGUGGUGGUCCGAGUACGUCGAGAGCGCGUGGCAAAACCGCGGCACGAGAAACCGGCGGAACUCAGCGAGUUACCGCCCCAACAAUACCCCUUGCAGAAUUCUCAGCAGACCGUGGAGACUGAUCCCGACGUGAUCCCGAACAAGUUCGAGGGUAACCUCGUGGAGGUCAGCCCGCCGAGUUACCCAGGCGGUUAUCCCCCGGGACACUGGGUCACGCCUGGACCUACACCAAGCAUAGACGAGCUUUGCCACAAGUUCACGGGGAGGCCGACGGAGCUGAGGUUACCGUCGAGGAGCACGAUACCAAAUCUGCCGGGGAUGCCGGUGACAGGGGUGAUGAUGGGCGCCGGCCAGGGUGUCGUAAUCGGUGGCGCCGGCCAAGGCGUCGUCGUGGGUGGCGGACAAGGUGUCAUCGUGGCCGGUGAGUGCCUCGACGGCGAGGCGAUCAAACGAAGACUGAUGGCGAACAGGCUGCCGGAGAGCUGCGUCUAG